AUAUAUAUAUCUUCAGCCGAAUUAGCACUUAAUUCUCCCGCGGCUGGAAUAAUAUCUCAGUGGUUUCGGUUAAUUAAAGAUGGAGAAUAUAGUUAAAAAGUAUCAGCAGAGAUUCAGGAAAGUGAAGGAAGAGAUGGAGAAUUGGGAUGAGCUACAAUUUAGAUUGAUUUCUCAGUUCACUAAUGCUUCUUCCAUCAUUCAAAGGUUACAGAUUCUUCAGGAUACCAAGAAUUAUGGUGCUUUGAGAUCUGUUGAAGGCAUUCAAGAAGCAGUGUUGCUUAAGCAAAUGAAUUCUCUACAUACUAUCUUGCUUUCAAUGAAUGAAACUAUGGAAAAGUUUCAUUCAGUUGUGUUGUCCCUUGAGAAGAUGGUUCGUGACGGUAGACAGCUCAUAAAAGGGGGAUCUGUUCAGAUUAGUGUGAAACAGCUGCAGCAACGUGUUGGGAUAAAACCAAGCAUUGCUGAUUGCUUGGAUGGGCUAAAACUUCUAAAAGAGAUGCACCAAUCAGAGUACCGUCUGAAAUUAUCGGUCAUAUCAGCAAUUUCAGCAGUUGCCUUAAAACCCAGUGCAACUGAUGAUUUAGGUGCGCUUCAGCAACUGUUGGUUGAUCAGCCUAACAUCCUCAAAGAGGAAGUACAAGUCAUUUUUGAUAUCGUAUUUGCUGAAGAGAUGGCUUGAUGUCUUCUAUCCAUGACAGUUUGGUCGAUGAAGUGAUUUUGGAACUGGUGAAAUUUAAGCCUUUUGUUCUGAACAAAGAGAAAAUAAUUGUCCACAUUGUUUGUACUUGGAUAAAGCAGAGAAUCAUUUAACUCUAGUUGGAAGGUGUUGGAACUUAGAAAUGGAAGAGAAUCAGAGAUUCUUCAUAUGAUAUAUAUCAUUGUAAACUCUAGGUGUUUUGUAUAUUAAGUUCAUUUAUUUAUAUGUUUGUAUAAACACCUUUUAUGUUCCAUUGGUCCUUAGUUGGUAGCAUAGUUGUGAUUGAAGAAAGAAUACAGAUCCUUCUCCUAUGAAAUGUACAUGCUAAUUGAUGUUUUUCGAGAGAAUGUCUUUUGGAGUAGUCUUU